UGCUUACAAAAACAUGCCAGCGCGGCGGCCCGCUACCGGAGACAUACUAAUUUCAUGCAUAUGCUCCCACUUGAUGACGCUCAUGCAUCAGUAAAUUUUUCCGCUAGCUGGCUUGCAUACAGGGCUGCACGAUAGGUUCGGACUUCAGACGCUGUUUGAGCAGUUAUAGUACCUAUUCUCUUCUACUGAGAUAGAUCCAGCCAACUAACGCACAAUCCAUUUCAUUUAACCCGUUACCACAAUAACUUAACCUUACGACGUGAACGAUUCAGAAUACAUCUUACCGAGUACCGAGCCCGAAAUUGAACCUCUAACCACCAAAUCACACAUGGCAUCAAAUCACAAACCACACGAGCCCUCAAAUAGCCACAGUCGCCGGCCCAGGUCUCAGGGUAUCGAACCGAGCCUCUACUCCAGCAUCGAUGUCCCCGGGCAGACGCACUCGUCUAUCUCUCCCAACGGAAUCAUUGAAAACGACAUGAACUCCAAGUUGGUGAUCGUGAUGGUGGGGUUGCCGGCGCGAGGAAAGUCUUAUAUUGCCAAAAAAGUGUUGAAAUACAUAAACUGGCUCCAGUACUCGUGCCGGGUAUUUAACGUGGGCAACACCCGGAGAUCCGCGCGGCACGACGAGCUGGAAGAGCCCGAAACCGACACGGCCCACGAUGCGUCUUUUUUCGACCAUAAAAACGUAAAGAACGCGGCAAAACGCGAGGAAUGGGCCAUGGACACGCUAAAUGACUUGCUCGACUGGUUAAUCGACGGAUCGGGUUCCGUCGCCAUUUUCGAUGCCACCAACACAACCAAACAGAGACGGCGGAAAGUGUACAACCACGUGAAAAGUCGUUCAUCCUCUAUCAACGUGCUCUUUUUAGAGAGCAUCUGCACCAACACGGAGUUGAUUGAGAAAAACAUCCGCAUGAAGUUGUCUGGCCCAGACUACGUCACGAUGAACAAGGCUAAGGCGCUUACAGACUUUAAAGAACGCUUACAGAACUACGAACGGGCAUACGAGACGAUAGACCCGGAGCUGGAGACAGCAAACGAGGGAGAAGCAGGGGAGGACGAUCUAUCAUAUGUCAAGGUCAUUAACGCGGGGAAAAAGGUUAUCUCCUACAACAUCAAGGGCUUUCUCUCAUCGCAGGCCGUUUUCUACUUGUUGAAUAUCAAUUUGACAGAGAAACAGAUCUGGUUGACCCGAGUGGGGGAGACCGACAACGACGUGGAUGGAAUAAUGGGUGGUGACUGCCACUUGACCUCCCUCGGCAAGAAGUAUUCCAAGGCGUUGGCUAAGUUUAUCAAGACGAAGAAAAAAGAAUUCAGACUAGACCAGUUGAACAAGGCAUAUAUCAACAACGUCGAUGUGGCCCAUUCCAGAACGAACUACGACCCAGAUGUAUCUGUUUUCACGUCCAUGACCGCGCGCGCGCUCGAAACGGCGCAAUACUUGGAGAAAAAUGACCAGGCUGGCAGUCGGAAUAGCAGCGUUGAGCGUAAAGAAACCAACAAAGUGUUCCAGGUGAAACAAUUGCGUAUGUUGAACGAACUAUCGUUCGGACAAUUUGAAAACACCUCCGUUUCGGACUUCAGGAUAAAUAGCCCGAAAGAGUUUGAACUCUACCAGCACAACAAGCUCUUGUACCGGUUUCCAGGGGUGGGUGGUGAGUCCUAUCUCGAUGUCAUCAAUCGUGUACGGCCGUUGAUCACGGAGUUGGAACGCAGUGACAAUCACGUCUUGCUCAUCACCCACAAGGUCAUCACCCGCAUCCUUUUGGCUUAUUUCAUGAACUUUGACAAGGAGUUGAUCACGGAUAUCAGCAUUCCCUCACAUUCGGUUUACUGCUUGGUUCCGAAACCGUACGGGGUCAGCAUGGAAAUGUACCAAUACGACGAAACAGUGGACUUGUUCUUCCGCGUCCCGGAGGAAGUCAUGCUCAGAAGGGGAUCUGUGUCCACCAACAGCUGUUCCCGUCCGCGAUUUUCGUUGGGGGGCUACCCCAAGUACAACAUCCAAGACGAGUCCGUGGAUGAGGAAGAUGACGAUCCGUUCUACAGUUCGUCAGAAGAGGAAGAGGAGUACGACGAAGGUGUGGACGAUUACAGUUUCCAGCCGCGGCACCAGCCGUCUGCGUCUUUCUCUUCACUCAACAUGCAGAUUGAGUUUAGAGAGUUGUCCCACUCUUCUGUCGCGACGCUUAGCGAUAAGGGCUCGUUGUACCGGACACCGUCAUCCGAAACGGCUUUUGCGAAGCUCACACCUGCAUCCUCGCUCCCUGAGGAUUCUGGGCCCAUCUUCAAGUGUGAAAGCGAUGAAUCAGAGUAUUUACUCAACUCGGAGGUUAGACAGAAGUUGAGCCGGUUUGUGUUUCAGGACGUGAACGUCUAGAAUAUCCAAAUAGAUGGAUGCACCUCGAAUGCUUCAAUCGCUAGGGAUGUUUCUUUGCUUGGGGACGGCCCUUAGUGGUUCGGCUCAUCGGUGCUUAUGUUUAUGUUAGAAUUCAGGUAUCUAUCCGUUAGAUACUCAUUAAAUGUUUACCAUUCUACACCUUAUUUCUAAUCCGU